AUGCAGUCCAUCCUGCAUCAUCCUCAUCCUCGUUCCUUCGUCUUCACCCCUCCGGACUAUUCCCACUUGCUUUCUCCCAAAUCUUCGUCUUCGAUCCUUGAUAUUCUCCUUCCACCGCGUUUAACCUCCCACCUAAAGGGUAUUGCCGGCGUCAUGCCGCUCACCCCGCCCCCUCCUCCUCCACCAAAUACUCCGAAUGAUAAUUCGUUGUAUGGAAAAUUAAAGACAUAUUCAUCGCUUUGGUGCCGAACACCAACAGCCGGUGCAGUCACAGCUUUAACAACAACAUACCUCUACCCUUUCGCCCGCCUAACCCGCCUCGAAACACCAUUGGUCUACCCUCGCCCUUUCCCACUUCCUUUCUUCUCGGCGAUUUUUGCAUUCAGUUCGUAUAUGUCCUAUGCAGGAUACGGCCGCGAUAGCGCCGGUGUCUUGAGCGCUUGGAGUAUGGUAUACAUUCUGAUGAACGUCCGAGGCAAGAAUUCAAAGAACGGGACAAUGGCAGUUGGGAGACCCGGUGGUGGGAUGAGGGUUUUUGCGCUGGGUGUUAUGGGGUGGAAUGCGAUUGCUGGGACUGGAGUGUUUUUACUCGGAUGGGGACAUGGAAGAGGGGGUGGAGGAUGGAGGAUGGCGAUGCCAGAGGCAGAGGAGGCAACCGUAUAG